AUGCCUCCCAACAUCUGGAACACCAAUCUCGACGUGUAUUACUACGUGAAACGAUCCUUCAACCUAUUCCUCACCCCUGUAUUUCCACUUAUCCUCUAUUGUGUUCACAAGAAAUCCCCAAAGAACUUCGGGUCGUUAAAGUACUUCUUGUACUUUCAUGUCACUUGCCAUCAUACCACCGCGCUUCUACCCCGACAUCAUUAUGAAUCCCAACGUUGUCAUAUUCUGCGACCCCGAGAUAUCCUGCAAUUCCAAACAUUUCAAGUUCAACUUAAUCCACAUCUCAAUCGUCACUCUCACCAUUAUCAUAUCCGCCAAACUUGCGAUUUGGAUGCUCCAGAAGAAAAUGAAGUCAAAAAACGAAUCGGAGAAAACGAAAAAGAUGCAUAA